CCUGCAAUGCAUGACAUAUGUUGCACACGACUUCUGCCUUGCUACGUGGUGCUAGAGCCUCGAGGAGAUUGUUCGCCAGGCUAAGGACUCCAGUCAUGGCGGACAAAAUGUCUACGUACUCGCCGCUCGACGCCAAAGUCACGUCGGUCGAGCCCAUGAAGCCAGGCGAGUCGAGAUGGAUAACAUUGAAGAAAAUCACAUACAAAGACCCCUCCGGCAAGCAGAGACUUUGGGAGUCCGCAGAACGAAUGACCAGAUCUAAGACCAGCGAGGUCGAUGCAGUGGGUGUCGUAGCAGUUCUCAACGAUCCCAAGUCAUCCAAAGGACCUUCACUACUCCUCCAGAAGCAGUUUCGACCUGCCGUUGAUAAAGUCACGAUCGAAGUCCCGUCCGGCCUGAUUGACGAUGGAGAAGAUCCAGCGACGGCAGCUCUACGUGAGCUGAAAGAAGAGACGGGAUAUAUAGCUACCAUACCUGGGGACGCGAAGGCCGCGGAGGGGUUUCUGAUGUUCAACGAUCCUGGCUUUUGCAACACCAACACGAAGAUGAUCGUUGUGGAGGUGGAUAUGUCGGACUCUCGCAACCAAGAAGGAAAUCUGAAGCCGGAGUUAGAGGACAGUGAAUACAUUGAGAGUUUCACUCUGCCGCUGGACAGUCUUUGGGUGGAAUUGGCAAAGUUGGAAGAGCAGGGGUUCGCGAUCGAUGCUCGUGUCGGGACAUUAGCGCAGGGCAUGGAGAUGGCGCGGAAAUGGAAGGAGGUGUUGACCAAGUCGCCCUCAUAGAUGUUGUCAGUGUGUAAAAGUCAUCUUCGUACUCACGCCGGGAAAGUGGGAACAUGCACACUGAAUGAGCUGACCCUAUGACUUCCUAACAGUGUAUGGUAGAGAGGAUUUAACACCCCUAAUGCGGAGGAAUUGGUGUCUGGACUUCAGCCUUGUCGACUCCGAUUCGCCCAAAA